CGGGGGUGAAGGAUGCUUCCACAGCAGGCGAUACAGCCACCAACUUGGAGAACUCUUCCGUGCUUGAUAUUUGGCUGAGAUUUUCAGAGAAUUUGUGCAGCAAAAGAUGAAUUUAAAUGGGAAAAAUGCUGAAAAACGAAAAAUCACUCCUUUAUCCAUGAAGGAAAAGAAGGAACUGAUUCUACUCUUUGAAAAUGCAAAUAUUCCAAAAAGUACUUUUGCUAAACAGUAUGGAAUCGCACGGUCGACAUUAACUGAUAUUCUAUCAUCAAAAGAAAGCAUAGAAAAUUCUGACUGCAAAGAGUGGAGGAAACGAAUUCGAAAUUCGAAAUUUAAGGAAGUAGAAGAAGUUUUAAUGCGAUGGCUAAAAUUCGUCCGGUCUGAAAAUAGGUUGAUUUCAACCGCAAUUCUGAAAGAAAAAGCAUUGGAAAUUGCGAAAGAACUCAAAGUUGAAAACUUUAAUGCGAGCAGUGGUUGGAUCGAGCGAUUUAAAGUGAGGCAUAAUAUUUGUUUCAAGAAAUUAUGUGAGGAAGCAAUAAGUAACAAUGUGGUUGAGAACUGGAGGAAUAAUGUGUUGCAGGAUGUUUUAACGCGGUAUUCAGAACCAGACAUCUUUAGUUUAGACGAAAUUGGAUUGUUUUAUCGUCUUUUACCUCAUGAAGUUGUUACUUUUAAAGACGAAACCUGCUCUGAUGGAAAGCACAGCGAACUGCGUUUGACUGUUCUAUUUGGAGCAAACAUGGGUGGAACAGAAAAACUAAAGCCUCUAGUCAUUGGCAACAGAAAGUCUCCGAAGUGCUUCGAGAACAUUAAAUCGCUACCUGUUGAUUAUUAUUCGAAUUCGAAUGCAUGGAUGUCUCCAUCAAUAUGGGAAGAAUGCAUUCGGAAACUGGACGGUGAAUUUUUGCUACAAGGUAGAAAAGUUGCUUUUGUUUUGAACACUUGCCCUGUACAUUUUCAUUUGGGAAACCUAGACGCUAUUGAAUUGAUUUUUAUUCCCCCUAAAAUUUCGACGAUCCUUCAACCUCUUAACCAAGGUGUUAUAUUUGAGUUCAAACGCGUUUACAAAACUUUGUUAGCUAAUGAUUUGAUCAAGUCUAUAAAUGAAAAUCGAAAAUUUGAUGUUUCGAUAUUCGACGCUAUCUGUUACAUUCACAAAAGCUGGAGUUUGGUCUCAAAUGCUACUUUAAAGAAUUGUUUCAAAUUAGCAGGAUUUGUUAGUGGUACUGAACAGUCUGAUAUCGGAGGUGUAGAUUCUUAUGUUCUUUCUUUAUGGAGUUUAUUGGAAAUUGCGAAUAAACUUGAAUGUACUGUAGCUGAUUUGAUUGAUUACAUUAAUAUCGAUAACAAUGUUGCAAUUGGUCCUCCGGAAACGCUGGAAGUAUUUGCUGCUGAAUUUUUAGAAGUAAGGAACGAGCUUGAAGAUGAGGAAGUUGAUAACGAUGGAGUUUCUGUCUAUACCCCACCAAGCAAAGUGCAAGUUGUUGAUGCUUUAGAAACUAUUAGGCGCUACCUUACAUCGAUUGAGCAUACUACAGAUGAAGAAUUUAACGCAUUAACUGUCUUAGAAAAAACUCUGCAUUCAUAAGUAUUGUUAUUUGAAAAGCGAGAAUUUAUUACUAUGUUGUGUCUGUUAUAUGUGGAAUAGAAAAAUCUAAAAUAAUGUUUAAAUGUAAAAGAAAGAU